UGCUGCUCCAAUAUCAAUAGCAUGUUUGCUUUGUGAUCUGCCUGCUAGGUUGAGCGCGCACAGACACGACGUGUGCAAUGCACCGUGAACCUGAACUGUACAUGUACGUGUGGUGUGUCAAAUUUGUCAAAGUGGCCGCCAGUGAGCAGACAGUAUUGUCCUAUUGAUGUCGAGAUCGGCUCUGUUACUCAUUGUGUGCAGGGAGGGUCGAAGCCUCCUGGAACUGUCACAGGGAAGUAUUGUGGAACGGUGCACUUGGUAUGACACCGCUAUCCAAACGGAGCCAUUCUAGUAACAAUAGGCAUCGUGCAUGUGUUCAGUCCAUGGCAGUCUCGGCGCUUUGAGAGUGUACGAUGAACAUCGAGUUGCGUCGUCAUCGCGUAGUUUGAACAUGCACCCGGCUAGUUCCCUCUCACGUAUCUCGCGCAGCAUUUUUACUAGAGUGAGCUUCUGGUGAGCAUUCAACAUUCACCAUGGCUUCCGAUGAUGCUUCAGUCACUGUAGAACUCACUACAGAAUCAAGCUGCUCGCCAACAGCGGGGGAAGACGGGGGGUCUCCCCGCGUCCGCGGCGGCGAAGCCCACGUUUUCAUUUCUAAUAGACAGAUGUCCACCACUAAAGACGUGAUCAUUAGUGUGCGGGAAAAGCACGGUUCUUUUCGAUCCGCAGUGCCCUGUAUGCCGAUGUCGUUAGCUCUGGUGUGCUGCCUUUUCAAUAUCUUCUUGCCUGGAGUUGGUACAUUCUUGUCUUCUUUCUCUGUGUUCUGUUGCGGCUUCACCAGGAUCAGUUCUCAGCGCGCGUUCCUGUGGAACCUGCUGGCAGCUGUGCUGCAAACCGUCACAUGUAUCUUCAUAGUGGGUUGGAUCUGGAGCAUCUCGUGGGGAAUGACGUUCUGCACCUUGGCAACUGAGUACAAAUACGAGAAGCAGGUCCGGGGCAAGCAGCACCAAUCAGCGCGGUGGACGCCUACCUAGCAAAGAACUGGAACUCGUCCCUUUGCCUGAUCACUCAGACAAAGCUCUGGUCAACCAGUGCAGUAUACUUGCUGCUUUCUUUCUGACUCAACUCUUGUUGGUCCCCGGAGCCUCUGCUUUGCCUUUCGAUUGGCUGAAGUCAACAAGAGGAGUGUACUCUAUGUUUUCCUAUCCUGCGAGUCAACUCUUAGACUGAAAGUGUAAAGAUUCUUUGAAAUCUUAGUCGAUUGGCAGUGUCUACGAUUGGCAGUGUCUACGUCUUUCCAGGACUAGCUUUUGCCAACAAGGGAACUCGCGGUUCGUAUUUAAAAGAGUGACUCUCAUCUCAGAGCCUCGAAUAUACUAUGCCUUUGUUGUAACGGCAACGAUGUUACAGCUUACAAGGCAAGCGUUUCAUGGUGUAUACUUCUAGUGGAAGUUUGGAACCUUUAAAGUGGAUCAUAUGAAAGUUAUGACACUUGCGAAUCCGCGAGUGGACCCGUUGAUUUGCAAAAAGUGAUGAUAGUGUAGUUUGGAUUAGAGAUAGGAAGAAGAAUAAGAAACUGCCAAAAUUGUCUUAGCCUCUGACGGAUUAUUAUUCCUGAAACCGUCUCCCACGAAGGAUUACAGGUGGUGGACAUUUAGCUAAACUUGGCACAGCAAAAGUGUUAGUUUAUACGUAACCUUACAGUCUUUGCGGAAGACAAGGAUCUCUGAAGAGGAUACUUGACAAAAAUUAGCAUCUUGUCGAAAGAGCAGACCAUGCAUCGAUUAUCAAGCGGUUGGACAACAGAGUAGUAAUAAAGGUUUGCUUUGGGCCGGAUGUAUAAUUCACAAAUGGAGAACAGAGAGUUUUUACGAGGCUUCCGCACGUUGUGUAGGUAUUGGUUAGGGAUAUAGGAGAACCUUCGGGAGAACAAGUAGGAGGAGAAAGAUUAAUUAAAGUCGACAAUCAUACAAGUGAAAAUACAAGACAGGUAAAUAAACAGAAUCACAUUAUUUCAUGAGAGGAGUUGAGGUUUACUACCACCGCCAUGCUCUAGUUUGUUCCGUUAAUUAAGCUUCCAAAUGGCACUUUGAGGUAGUGCCUUAUAUCAGGAGCAGUACUUCAAAAGAAAUACAGAUGUAACGAUUGUAACCGCAGUGGCUAUUUCCCGGAACAGAAAUUAAAUUCGAACAGGUUUUCUGCUGCUAGUCCUUGGUCACUAAUGUCUUUGGAGAGGGCAGUUAAUCAAUGCAUGGAUGCUCGUAUUUUGGUUAAACAGUAUAAGUAACCGGACAGGUAUUCACAAAUAAGACCACAGUUUGAUAUAUGCAAAGCUAUCGAACCGCAACGAGAUUAUACUUGGCUUCCAGACUUCAUUGAUUAUAACACUUAUAAGUUAUUAUUGUGUUUGUGUUGUGAAUGAGUCGCUCUUCCUUGCAUUAUAUUACAGAGUUUAAGGCAUGCAUACAUCACAGGACAUAGCACCACCAAGGCGCUAUUUUUUAAGUCGACGAAAACGUUUUUGUUUACUAUUUUAAAUUGUUGAAGUUAUAUGCACAUUUUUAAAUGAAGUGCUGAUAUCGAAUUAUUAAUUCACAAUAUGUAGACUUGGCCGAUGGGCAAAACAGUGGAUACCAGUGUCCUGGGCGGCACGUCUGUUCAACAUGUGAUGUGUAACAAAUGCGCUCUCUGGAUGUUUAAUAGUAACUCUGUGUUGUAGGUGCAUAAAAGCUUGCUUGAAUUAAGAAGUGUUAAUAGCCUCCUGACUAGCCGUAAUGCAUGCCAAACUAUUUAAAGUCAUGCUCUAAUACAUAAGUCUUGUGUGCUGUCGUGUAUGGGUUAGGACUUUGUCAUUUUGAUGUGGGUUUUUGCUUGAAUUUGUUUAUUUAUAUUUUAUGCUGAAGAGUGCUGCAAACUGUGAACAUUUCUGAUUCUUCCAGCGAUGAAAAGGGUGCCAGAAUGAUGUGGCAGCAAAGUAACGGAGUACCACAGUGUCAGUGCCAAAGUGUUGUCGCGUUACAGUGCCAUAGAGAUAAUAGCGCCAUAGUGCCAGCUGACGUUGCGUUAAUGUCACUAAGUGUCGAGUGCCAGAGUGGCAUGACACAGUGCCGUAGUCUCUCUGCAUGACAGUGCCAGAGAGCGUGAUGUUUUGCUGAAGUGGCAUAGUGGAGUAGUGCUACGGUUCGACAGUGGCGUAACUAGACAGCACCCGACGUCAUCCAGUAUUGCAGUGCGAUUACAAUGCCAGUGAAAUAGUGUCACAGUGUCAUAAUGUUGUAGUUGGCAAUAUUUCAGAAUGAAUUAGUCAUCCCAGACUAAACAUAAAAUUUCACGUGAUAUCUUGAUUGAAACGUCAAAAACAAUUCAGAAUUUCCAAUUUAAAAUGGGUGGUCACAAAUUUCAGAAAGGAUCAUAGGCAGUACCCCGGCCCAUCCACUAAAAGUCAUUCGGAUUUAAAAUUUCUGGAACUUUUAUUACUUGAAUUAAGCAUCGCAAUUUUUAAAUAAAUUCAGAGUAGUCAGAAAAACAUGUCAUAUAACCUUGCUAAACUAUUAUUGAACAAAACAAAUCGAGCAACGCCCACUUUUACAAACUUUAGCCUUUUGAAAAUACCUCCAAUGCAUGCAAAACAAUGAUAGAGCUUGAAUUUGGAUUCAAGCAAAUAUAGAAGGUGUUUUGUGAUGUUUUGAAAUAUGUACAUUAGAAGUAAGAAUUACUUCUCACUUUUAUUAAGGUUUUUUUGAAAACUGCAUAUUCGCCAUAAUAUUGCGUUUGUGGGGAAGACCGCCUUCUAACGGCGGAAAUGUCUGGCAGGAGUUAUCUAAAAUCGCCCGAUCGCUUUGAUUUUCCCCCGAACAUUCGCUAGCACCAGGGGAGAACUUCUUGAGUGCUGUACAGCCAUGUUGUAGUGAAGCCCAUCAUAAAUCCAUCACAAGACACUUUAGUUACAAGUUCAAUCAUAAGCUCUCCAAAUAAACUGCGACAGAAGCAUUCCUUUGUCAUAGUUCAUCUUGGGACUGGCCUGUGAAAAGAGGGAUUGCGAUUGACGCGGGGUUCCACACUGGUGUACAGUGAGCCUAAAGCACGAUUAUGCAUGUCCAACUUUGGCUAAAACAUCCCAAGACCAUGGGUAGAAAGGAAUAUUUGAAUCAACAGGUGGAAAUUCUCAGGGUGAUGAGGGUGUGUCACUGCUUUGAACAUUUAAAUGUAGGCCUGUGCGGAAAUUUGAAAUAUUGUGGCAUGCGACGGAACUGACACGAAAUCAGAGUUUAAUGUAUUCCCACUAUAAAGAAGGCGAGGUAGUCUGCAUCCCAAAGUUGUGGCUAUACGGUCGGCAAAUCCACGCGUUUAUUAAAGCUGUUGACUAGGUGCCAUACAGCCUUUUCCAUAUUUCAUGUGUGUGCCUGCUGGCCCACUCGAGACUUUUAUAUGCAGUCUCAGCAGCUGUGAAGUAUAUUUCAUCUGUUUUGUCCCUGUACAACAUUUUCAUACAGAAUACAUGGGUGAGUGGGCCAUGCAUGGGUGGCGGGCCAAAAUGUUAUUUCGUGGUAUUUAUUUCACAUGUUUAUGUGAAUCACCUUAAUGCUGACAUGUUAAGUCAAGAGUGACUUGUCUCUAUAAUCGGCACCUCUCAGAUAAUGGAUUAUUAAUGACAGAGAUGAAGUGUCAAUUAAUCAUUCCCUAAGCAGGCCGUUUUCAGUCUAACAAGAAUGCAUAUGUAAUCAGCAACAUUUGAAAUAUAAAGUGCACUGUAGACGUAAAUUAACCGGACCUCAAAUUUUCAUAUUAUACGAAUAUAUUAUAUUAUAUUAUAUCUGGGUAUAUCCAGAAGCCUAUUUUCGGGCAGCCAAACGUUUGAAGAUAUCUUCAUGUAGCCUGCAUUGUCUUUCAGAUAUGCGAGACUAUAUGUGGCAGCUUUAACACGCUUUGGAGAAGAGAAGAAAUUCAGUAGACCGAAAGGUCGCCCUUUCUUUUUAUUAAAAGACCUUAUUUGGAGGGGGUGUUGCUUUCAAACCCCGCCCUGAUCUGCCGUGGAUUUCCUUGUCUCAUAACAACGUAGUUUUCUUAGUGAUCCCUAUUGUAGUUUGUCUAUUAAAUCGUUUGAAUGGAAUUUUCACGAA